AUGUCGCGUCGCCGGUCAUCUCACAGCGAAGCCGCGCUUACAGCGUCAGAACCAGCGAACCCAGCCCUGGCAUAUCCGUUCUCCAACUCUCACCAAAGCCAUCAGACACACCGUCGGGGGCCUAUUGAAGGGCCUUACGGACAGAGACUGACGCGUAGAGUCACCUGGCGGUCGUCGACCUACAAGCUUGUAGCAUACCUCUAUGUCCUGGCAGUGCUCUAUAUCGUCUGGUUGAUCCGGGACAUCUUCUUCCUGCCCUUCUCGUCCUCCUCUUCAUCACCUGCACAGCGCAGUUCCCAAGGGAUUGCUCCAGAUGAUCAUUUGGCUCGAUUUAUGGGCAGUGAUGAGUGCGGCAUCUCUUCUACUUCUCUCUAUACUCCUCCCACUGGUGACGGGGCACUGAGGAAUGCUUAUUGUCAGAAUCGGGCUGCACUACUCGAUGCAAUGAGCAAUGGAGGGCAUCAGGGGACUGGCACUUCAUAUGACCCUCAAGGUUGCCACUACCGGUGGUUGUCGACAGACGAGAUCUGCGAUGUGCUUAACCGUUUCGACGGGAUUGUCUUCGUCGGGGACGGUCCUCUUUUCAGCAUUUAUGCUGCGUUCAACAUUCUUUUACGAGAAAAUCUGGUUUUUGGAUCCUUGAAACAGUGGGACAUGGAUUCCAGACAGCUCGAAGAGUGCAAGUGCGACAAGCAGUUCUCGAACAGCCAAUGCCUGGCAUUUCGAAUCGGUUCCAGUGAAGAGGUGUACAGCUACGAUGGGAAGGCUUCGAGCAGGAGCCCCUACGUUUGUCCAGCAUAUAUCCGUCAUAUUUUCUUGCCUGUGACAGGAUCUCCGUCUCCCAGAUCUGUCCAUGACAAGUUCCAGGAGAUAAUGCCCGCUACCGCUGGUGGCAACAAGCCCGUUCCUGUGAUCCACAGCCUGUCUUUGUCCACCUAUCUCUCCCGCAAAACUGCGGCUGCAAGUAUGGACGAAUGGCUGGGUUUCGCCCGAGCCAGCGGACGAAAGGUCCCCUUUCUCUGGAUUGGACCUACAUCCGCUGGUUAUCAGAACCAGAGAGAUACAGUCGGAUCGCAGGAAGAUCUUGCUCUACAGCAGUAUACGCUUGAUACCGCUAGAACAGCGCAUAGCAAGGGUAUGGAAGUUCUAAGUAUGUACAACGCUACAUCGGAAGCAACGAGUCUACACGGCUCCUCUUCUGGAGAAAAAACCUCUUUGAUGCAAGCCAUGAUGAUUCUUAACUGGCUUUCACAUCUGUGA